AGCAUGUGGUGUACCACAUUUAUCAAAAAGGUAGUCAGCACUGUUUUGUCACUGUAGUAGUUUUAUUGCUAAACAUGCAUAUUUAGUUUUUUUGCAGACUCGGUUACAAACAAAAACAACAGACUGAGGUUUGAUCAAAAUAUUUUUGUAUUAUGUUAGUGUCAUAGGUCAUACAACAACUGUGAUCAUGAUUAAUGGUGUUUUUCCUGGAAGUCCCAGGGGAAAAAAGUGAAACUUAUAUAUGCAGCAUCAAGGACGCCAAAUCAGGGUUACAGUAACAGCAUAAUCACACCUCGAACCUUAUAACCUUAACAAGGGAAGUGUUUUUUAAGAGUUAAAAACAUGUUAACAAUGUCCCACAUAGACUCUUCUAGUCUAAAAACACCCCUGCUAAUCCAUUGUCUUAGAAAGUGUGGAAAUGGAGAGCUUGUCUUUUUUUUAAAGUGCCCCAUUUCCACAUUUUGUUCACUUUUCCUUAAACACAGUCGGUGUUGGCAUGAUAAGAUGUUGGCUACACUUCCUCACUUGUAUGAGUGUGUGUUAUUCAGAAUGUAGUUUAAAAAAAAAGAAAAAAAAAAGUGUUUGUGUAGAAAGACACUGUGCUCAGCUUUCCUUCAUGGAAAAAUGACCACUAGGUGGCACUAGUGUCAGGUUAGUGAUGUGUCAGGGUCAGUAAAGGUUUAGUUGUACGGGUCUCAUCAGCAGCCAUCUUGAAAUCAGAUAGGUGAACACAGGUGUUGGUAUUACAUUGAUGAAGUAUCUAUUUGAAUGAGCUUAAAUUAAAAUGAUGAGUAACACGUGUUUACCUACAGUUUCAUGCAAAAUGGAUGCUGUGAACAUUGGACAUAUAUGUCUGAUUAAAGUAUUUAAAACACAUAUACAGUGUAUAUAUAAUAAAAACAAAGUAUGUGUUCAUAUACUGUAUAUUCUUAUCAAUGUUAGUAAAGAAUAGAGACUGCCAUUACUGAAAAUUGAAUGUAAAACAAUAUCUAAUUCAAGCAAGUCCAGUUGCCUGCAGCUACUGAAGGUUAUUCAUGGUGCAUUUAAGUCCUAAAUGCUUAGUAAUUGUGUGAUUGCUAUGACUGAAUAAGAUCAUAAGACCAAAAAAAGACACACCAUCACUAAAUUAAUAACCACUGGUGUAAAUCAGGCUUAAAGGCUACCAUAUUGACAAAGACUGCAACAGAUAUGGAAGAAAAUAAUGUUAUAAAAUCAAUUGAAAAUUGUAAGGAUACAUAAAAAAAACAGAAAGUAGUUACCAAGCAAUAUUCUGACUUAAUCACAAAUCAAAUCAUUAUCAAAAUUAUGUCCACAGUCACAUUUUCUUCAGACUUUAAGACAUAAAAACAUCUUAAAAUGUGAUUUAUUUUUCCACUAGCGAAGAAAACACUUCUUAGCAGACUAUAAUGAUGAAACUAUAUUUAAAAACAGCACCAAAAAUAUGUUUCUGUUGUAUAUCCGGAUCAGUGAAUUGUUGAUGCUUCUGUGAAUCCAAACACUGUCUUAGGCGUGAUUUUUAACUGUGGAGCACUUGAACGCGUCAUGAUAAUGUGUACGGAGGCUGUGGGUGGGCCAUGAAGGCAGCACCAGACUUUGUAGCCUACUACAUGUACACAUACACACACAGUCAUUGAGUCGCACUUUCAGUGACUGCGUGAUGGAGUGAAUUUCUCUAAAGACCUUGAACGGAGCGAUUCUUUCCCUUUGAAAAAUAACAGACGUGAAUGCAACAUUUUAAUAACUCUUAUGUUUUUACCUGUGUGACUUUUUUUUUUUUCCUUCUCUUAUCUGACUUAUAUGUUUGUAUGUGAGCGUGUGUGUGACAGUUGUGACCCUGACAUGGCUGAGGUUCCGCCGCUACCGCAGACACAGCAGGUCGACAUAGACCCAGACUUUGAGCCUCUUUCUCGCCCUCGGUCAUGCACUUGGCCACUGCAACGGCCGGAGCUCCUCGACCCGGCCGGCUCCAAUACAUCCUCCCCGGCGCCCUCGGUGCAGCAGGAGCCGGGAGGAAACAGUGACUUCAUCAGUAACCUGGGCUUGUUAGAGGAGGACUAUGAGGAGUAUGAAGAGCAGAAGCCCGUGCAGCUACAUCACCACCAACACCACCAACACCACCACCAGCAGACCCCGACAGUUCCACAGCUGCAGCCGCAGCAACAGGUGCCUCCUCCGCCCGGCGUCGCACCUUUGAGCGGCACCGCGCAGAGGAAGAGCGGCCACAGCUCGUCCCGCCGCAACGCCUGGGGAAACAUGUCGUACGCAGACCUGAUCACCAAGGCGAUAGACAGUUCCCCCGAGAAGAGGCUGACACUGUCCCAGAUUUACGACUGGAUGGUGACGAGUGUGCCGUACUUUAAGGAUAAAGGAGACAACAACAGCUCCGCUGGUUGGAAGAACUCCAUCAGACACAACCUGUCGCUGCACAGCCGAUUUGUGCGCAUACAGAAUGAAGGAACAGGGAAAAGCUCCUGGUGGAUGCUGAAUCCAGAAGGAGGAAAGAACGGCAAGUCACCGCGGCGCAGAGCUGCCUCCAUGGACAACAACAGUAAGCUUGCCAAGAGCAGAGGAAGGGCGACAAAGAAAAAGGUGGCGCUACAGGAAGGUGUUGAGGGAGGAGGAGCUAGUCCUGGUUCCCAGUACUCUGGUAACUGGCUGGGCAGCCCGAACUCCCACAGCAACGAGGACUUUGAAACCUGGAGCUCCUUUAGGAAGCGUACCAGCUCUGAUGCCAGCACACUGAGUGGUCACCAUUCGCCGUUCCCCUCUGAGCAGGAUGACCUGGGAGAGUCCGAAGGCCACAUGAUGUAUUCUGGGGUGGCGGGGACAAAGAAAGCCUCCACCCUGCCUAGCUUGUCUGAAGUGGCUGGAUCCCUGGGCCACGAUGACUCAGAGAUCGUCAUGGAGACUCUGCUGGAUAACCUGGACCUGCUGCCUUCUAAAAAAGCCCCACUGGGCUCUGACUCCUCACAUUCGUCAAAUGCUGCCAUGCUUCAGAGUAGCCCCUACAGCUCAGCGAGCUUGACCCCACAUUCACAGCAGGACUACCGAAAGUGUAUGUACGGCCAAGUGGGAAUGAACUCCCUGCCCCCUGCUCCCAUGCAGACACGACCAGAGACCAAGCCAGGCUUUGGGGCUUAUGAGAACCAGUACAUCUGUCCUGUUGGUCUCCUCAAGGAGUUGCUCACCUCAGAUGCAGAUGCCAAUCGGGACAUGAUGCCCUCAAGGGAUACAUUGGUAUCUCAGGUUGGAAGGGGAGAUUGUCUUCCUCCUCCUCCUCCUUACAUCAGGCAGUGUCAUGUGGGCAGUCACAGUGGAGUGAAAAUGAUGAAUUAUCCGCAUCCUGUGCCUUGUGUAAAUCCACAAGCUAUUCAUAACCAGGGACCUUCAACCUCACGAGACUUGAAUAGUUGUAACAUGAUCCCAUUGACUUGUCCCUCAGGACCCCCUCCUCGAAUGACUAGCCUGAGGACAUGCAUGCAGCAGCCCCGUGGACACCCAGCACACACUAAUUAUGUCCCAGCAAACUGUAACAGAAGCAACGGCUACAGGGAACUUAACUCAGUUCACCCACAUGGUCAUCAUCCUCAUCAUCAUCAUCAUCAUCAUCAUCAGGAACGGCUGCCCAGUGACCUGGACAACAUGUCCAUCGAGAGGUUUGAAUGUGACAUGGAGUCCGUCCUCCACGACACCCUCAUGGAUGGUGGGGCGCUGGACUUUAACUUCGAUCCCGCAGCAGGGCCUCAUGGGUUUCCACAGAGGGUAAAAAGCACCACACACAGCUGGGUGUCAGGCUAGGAAGCGUGGUGUGUCACAAAAAAAGGAUUUGUCAGCAUCAUGCCAUUGCCUGCCACCAUUCAGAGAUGGGGGAAUUCAAAUCCAAAGAAGCAGCCACAUUCCUCCUCAUGGAGCAUCGGACACCCUUACUUUGUUCAAAAUAUUUCAGAUCGCAGCUCCAUAUGUAAAGUGUGUUUUGAAAUGCAUUUGUCUUCGCGACAAAACAAGACCAGAAUUAGAAACAAGAGUUUCACAGCUGCACUGAACAUUUUUGAGAGACAGCGACAACCUGAGUGAGAUAAUUAGGCUUAACUGAUGGAUAAACCAGUGUAUCAUCUGCAUAGUGAGUCACAUGAACAUUACUUUAAUAGUGAUUUGUGAUGUACUGGUGACCCUCAUGCGGAGGAUAAAGUGGUAGAAGAUGAAUGACUGUAUGAAUGAAUGAAUGAAUAACCCCGAAGACAGGGACAAAAGGAAAAGAUAACUCCAUAUACCAGAUUAUUAUCACAUGCCAUGGUACAGUAGUGACAAAUUAAGGAUUGAAACUAAAUAUCAACAAUAUCUAUUAUUACAGACAAAGUCCCCCAUCACAAACUGAAUAAAUAAAUAUUUAUUUGACAUUUUUUUUUUAAAUGCAGUUGUUGGACAUGUACUUGUAGUGUAAAAUUCAUUUGUUUAUGCUGUAUAUAAUGUAUAUAAUUAUUUGAGUCGCAUUUCAUUGUUAUGCAUCAUUUCUUUUCAUCAGACAAAUACUAAAGAAGGAAAUUACAGACACGAGAAAGUCUAUAUCAGUUUAAGACGCUGUACUGAAACACAAAGCUUUCUGAAAGCUCCCUGUUUCAUUGUGUAUGUGCUUGAGAACACGGAUGAAGGAUAGUUGCUCUUCUCAUCUUGCCUUACUGAAAUUCUUAAUCAUGAAUGUUGCCGUCAGUCUUUGUACAACUGCACAAACCUCAGUGGCCGCAGGAAACUCUGUUUCUAACUCAAUUCUUUGAGUUAAAGAGAAGCUGCAGGGUUAACAAGUUGUAAAUCAAAGCCUCCUGCAAAAAGGAACAUUUUUGCUAAAAAUGUGUUCACUUAAAAUGUUAUUAAACAGUAUUUCAUGCACCAAUGAUCUACUGUCUAGUCUACCAAACAAAUUUUAAUGGAAGUAUUCUAGUACAUUGUGCCUAUUUGGUCUCACGGACUUAUAAAGUUGUACAUAUUAUUCUCUUUUAGCAGUACAUUUUUGUAUAUGAAGGUUUUAAACGGCUUGUACUUAAGUGUUAUAUACUCUUUUUUUGUUUGUUUUUGUCAGAAAUGUUUGUUUACAUAUGCAGUCUGACUUGUACCAAUAAAUAUAUGAACACUCGUACCUCAAAAUAUUUUACCUCUAAAGUGUUGAAGGGAUUUUUCCUGCCAUUUUCCAAAAUUUUGACAUUCAUCAUUUUAUAGAUACUGUAUUUUUCUUUUGUUUUUCAUUUUUUGGAUUUGAUGCUUAAUGCUGAAACAAGUGUAUUUGCAUUGCUAAUGUUUUACUGUUGGAUUUAGGAAUGUACCAUGAGCAUAGAGUAUAUGUAAAUGGACAUUAGUGUAGGUUUUAAAUUAAACAGAAUUUGAAUGAAAUUAUACAUUUUAAAUUACUUUUUUUUUAAAAAAGUGUUUUCAUAUAUUCAACUUUGGUAUCAUUAAAUAUAAAAUACG